CGAAUUCGCUCUACACAGAAGCAUGGGCGACCAACAACCGAGGGGCCUCUGAGUGAGUGUCGAUGAUUCGGUUCAUCCUGCUGCAGAACCGGCAGGGAAAGACCCGCUUGUCCAAGUGGUAUGUGCCUUUCGAUGCUGCCGAGAAGAACAAGCUGGAGAGCGAAAUACACCGGGCCGUCGUCACCCGGGACCGCAAGUGGACCAACUUCCUCGAGUACCGGUCCUACAAGCUCAUCUACCGGCAGUACGCCGGGCUGUUCUUCACCUUCUGUGUGGACGUCAACGACAACGAGCUGGCCGUCCUCGAGCUGAUCCACCUGUUCGUGGAGGUGCUCGACGGCUACUUCGGCAACGUGUGUGAGCUGGACCUGGUCUUCCACUUCGACAAGGUCUACCACGUGCUGGACGAGCUGCUGCUGGCGGGGGAGGUGUCGGAGACCUCACAGGCCGUCAUACUCGAGAAGCUCAGGCUGGUCGACAAGCUGGACUGAAUCAUCACGACGGCAGAUCAGAUGACUGAAUGAAUGAUGGCUGGGUGGGCGCAGGGCUGCUCUGCUUGCGUG